AUGGCCAGACUCAAUUCAGUACCAGUUCCAGCUCGAGAUUCUACAGCUGCGAAUCUAGAGCGUAUGCUGGCACGGUUACAAAAAAUUAUCUUGGACCCAGAUACAACAUUGUCGGGAUCUAGAAGAUAUGCUGAGUGGGUGAAGGUUGGCACGAAUCUGGAAUAUGCGCGGGGUUUGUUGGUACAUGUAGAGCAGGAUGCGCAGAACAUUAAAGUACAAUCGAGGAAACAGGAGAUCGGGGCGGAUUUAGUGCGCAAAAGUCAUUUGAUACAAAGACUUAGUGAACGAUUGGAGGAGCUGCUUGAGCUUGCAAGUUACGAGGAAGAGGGCGAGGAUUCGUCGGAGGGAGAGGAUCUGCUGGCUCAUGAUCAAGAUACACCCUCGGAAACUACAGAAGGGACGAAUACUACUCGAGAUGAAGAACGCUCUACACCUUCACCGACGGAUUACACGCCACCACCUAACACUCACAUGGAAUCUCUUCCUUCCCCAGUACAAACUCACUUCUCUCAACCCCCCGAGUCCUCUACUCUUCGCUCUCGUAACCACCGCGCCGAACUCUUCGAAACCGCCUCCAGACAAGCCCAUACAACAUCCACUUCAAACUCCAAAUCCGCCCCCAAACCCUCGUCGACAGCCACCGCCACAAACGAAACCCUCCUCACCCACCACCGCACCGAACAAGAAGUCCUUUCCAACUCCCUUCUCUCUAUGGCCCAAGAACUCCGAGCCCGAUCCCACACCUUCGCCAGCACCCUCGCUACCGAUUCCACUAUUCUAGAUUCCGCCGUUACAAAUAUCAAUAAGAACGAGAUAGGAUUGGAAGCUGCGUCGAAGAGGAUGGGUUAUUUGAGGAGUAUGACGGAAGGGAAGGGUUGGUGGGGACGGAUGAUGAUGUAUGCGUGGAUUGCGGGGUUGGCGUUGUUAGCGUGCGUUAUCGUGUUUGUCUUGCCGAAGCUGAGGUUCUGA